CCACUUUCAUUAGAUCCCAUUUUACACGUUGCAUGCACAUUAUUGUCAUGAAUGUUAAGGCUGCUGCUGUUAAUGAUACGUUGUUUUCAAAUCUGUGAUGAAGCUUGUUCGUCGUGAGCGAAGUGGCUGAUAAUUGGGCUUAAUCAUGCUUUUUGUAUCCAGGCAACAAGUGUUUGUAAGGCCGUGCUCUCUGAUCUCAGCAAACUGCGUCAGUGACAUUAUCCAGCAGCGAGCAAUAAGCGACUGUCCUUGUGCCGUCAGACUCCCAACUGGCAGACGAAUGAGAAAAAGCAGCCUGAGAGGAAAAGAAACAGAAUUUCACACCUUCAGUUUCUAGGCCAGCCAACUCCAUGGAAGGUUCCACACAGCUUUUACAAAAUAUGGAGAAAAGGCGCCUCCUCCUCCACAGAUGUGUCUGCCUGACACCAUCUGCCCGCUGACAUUGGCACUGGGGAGAUGGCAUAGAGGAGAACAGAGAGGGUACUGAUGAGACAGGAGGAACACCACAGGAUGAGGAUUCUGCUUGGAGAUGAGAGCUGUGAAUCCUCAGCUGGAGAGGAUUCUCUCACAUGGCACAGUGUUUUAGAAGUGAUGCUCAAACCAUGAGCCCAUCUGGACCCGGCCUGUCACCAGUAAUACAUCACGCUAAUGAAAUGGCAGCAGCCCAAUGCUAUCUGUCACAAGCAAUCUGCAUCUGCUCAGAGGCUGAACGGAAAUGAGGAAGAGGAAAAACAAAACAUAGAGGAAGAGAGGGAGACAUUGUGUCCCCUGAGCAGGUGCAUGUUUGUGUUUUUUGUGUAUGAACUUUAGCACAAACAACCAUUGUAGUGGUCGCACUGGAAAAGAAAACAUCCCUCCCUCAAUCAAACCAGAUGCACUGCAGGUCCAGCGGGGCAAGCCACGGACGGUGCUCGGUGUGUUGUCAGAGAAUGAGCAGCGAGGUCGAUCCCACAGCCAGGGAAGCCAGUUUUCCAAACACAGUUCAAUCUCCGACAGCUCGCAGCUCACCUUUCUCAGCUGUCCCUCCAGCUCCAGCUUCGAUGUUUACAUCGAAGAGGCUUGUGAGGUUGUUCUUGCAGCCUCUGGUCAAGAAGUUGUCUCAGACAGCUAUUACCAGGAUGCAGAGACUGCUGCAAUGAAGAACGAAGAUGCGAGACUUCUGCUGGAACUGAGUUCAAGUUCAUACCAGGAUGAUUCUAUGCAGUAUGAAUAUGAUAGAUCCCUGAUGUCAGAGGAGGUGCUUUGUCUUUCCCAGUAUGCACCGGAUAUUCACCGGCACCUAAGGGAGAGUGAAAUGAGGUUAAGGCCAAGGUUUGGCUACCUAAGUAAGCACCCGGAGAUCACAAAUGGCAUGCGGGUCAUCCUGGUGGAUUGGCUGGUGGAAGUUGUACAAGAAUAUGAACUUCGUUCUGAGACUCUGCUUCUCGCUGUCAACUAUUUGGACCGCUUUCUGUCCCACACGGCAUAUGUGAAACGGGGCAAGCUUCAGCUGGUCGGCACAGCUGCACUUAUGAUUGCUGCAAAGUAUGAAGAGAUCUCCCCUCCUGAGCUGAGUGAGUUUGUGUACACCACAGACAGCACCUACACUAAAAAGCAGCUGGUUCGAACAGAGUCUAUUUUCCUCCAAAUGCUUGCCUAUAGGAUGGCAGCUCCCACUGUAAACCAGUUCCUUCAGCUUUACAUGUCCAUCCAGCCUGUGUGUGUCACCUCUGUGAAUCUUGCCAAGUAUGUUGCAGAGUUAAGCCUGCUGGAAAUUGAUCCAUUCCUCAAGUACAGCCAAUCGAUAGUGGCAGCUGCAGCCUACUGCCUAGCUAUCUACACUAUAAACAGAUCUCUCUGGCCAGAUUCCUUACAUUCCUUCACUGGUUACAACAUUGAUGAGAUUGCGCCUUGCCUGAAUGAACUCCACAAGCUGUACAUGAAUGCAGAGAGCCGUCCACAACAGGCCAUCAGGGACAAGUACAAGAGUUCAAAGUAUUGUCAUGUUUCAUUGAUUACUCCACCUGCUGUUCUACGUUUCAUAUGAAUCACUGCUCCGCCCAUUCUUUGAAACUUCUGCCUGAACAUAAUCAAACUAAGACUAAAUAAACACAGCUGAUCAUACUACCAAUCCAUGAAGAGCCACGCCACCAUACCGUAUUUUUAAGCUCAAUCAACUGCAACAAGUCACUUUGAAAAUCAUAGUUCACGUCUUUAAAACUUGGUAUACCUACAAGUGAAAAAGCAAAAUGGUCACUAAAGCUGGUAAGUCAUUGGAGGUAAUAGUCCUUUUGUAGGCAGGCUACCUUACUUUGUUUGAAGAAUGGAGUUUUCAAUCACUGAGAACUUACAUCCUCAAUGUGUACUUUUGGUCAAACUACAAUGCUUCAUGUUAGGAUGUGCUGCUAUG